AGCAUCACCGCUCGUCUCCAAGCUCCGUCUCUUCAAUGCAAACGUGAAUGAAGGGCGCAGUGAUGGGGAUCCGUGUGUGCCGGGGAGCCGCCACCGCUUCCGUUCGCCGUUCGGAGAGACGCCGAGUCCGAGGAGAAACGAGCUCAAACUAACACUUUAACACGUGAUUUUUCCGUUCAUGAGGCUCUUUUUUCCAGGAAAGACAGCAGCACGCACCAGGCAGACUGCUCACAGACUGAAUCCAGCGCCAUCCGCUGCCAGGCUUAGAACCAAAGGACUGCUUACCGUCAAGUUUUCCCGGGAUAAUCGCGUGUGGUUCUGUGUGCUGUAGGCAAAGCAACACUUGAGGAUAACUGCUGAAAAGGAUCCUUCUUGCUCCCUCUUGGCCUGAGUUUGAAGACUGUGAGGCUCUGUUUACCAAAGGGAACUGACAGUUCAUUUGGGGCCUGGCACCUGUGUGAUGAACUCCAAAUGAUGUCUUCUCCAGGGUGUGUGACUCUCCCUGGUGGAACUAUGCUGCUGCUUUAGGGGGGUGGGGGGUCUCCCCGUUCCGCCAUGAAAGGCUACACCCCCCAGCGCUCCCGUCAUCUCUCCGACUGUGAGCCCCCUCGCUCUCCCGUUCACCUGGACCCCCUGUACCCUCCCUCUGCCUCCUCCACCCUGUCCCGCACACCCUACCUCCUGCCUGGAGCCAUGGAUCAUUACGGAGCGCUGGAUCCCCACCACUUCUCCCCCUCGCCCUCCCCUGGUCUCCCCCCAGACUGCCUACUUCCUCUAAACAACCAGCUGUCCUCCAGCAGCACCUUCCCCCGUAUACACUACAACUCACACUACGAGCAGGGCGAUUUCUCGCCCCCCGGAGGAGACAGCAUCGGGGGCAUCAGCACGGGCACCCUGGGCACCUCCAUGUCCAUGGGUAUGGGAAUGGGCAUGGGACUCGGAGUGGGACGCACCACCAUGAUCACCAGUGGAUCUGCAACCAUAUCAGGUGCAGGGAAGAUGAACCGGUUGCCCCCAAACCUCCUUGACCAAUUUGAGAAGCAGUUGCCGGGGCAACAGGAUGGCUUCAGCACAUUACAGUUCCAUCGUAGCACAGCCGUGGAGACGACCAAACAGCAGCAGCAGCAGCGUACAGACAGUCCUGGAAAGAUCCGCUACUUGGUCCACUCUGUCCAGAAACUUUUCGCUAAGUCCCAGUCUCUGGAAAGCUCUGCUGUCAAAGGUAACAUGAAUGGGCGCUCAGGCGGCAGCAGCAGUGAGGACAAACAGCACCGGCGCAGCAAAAGCAAAGACCGGGCCAAGAGUGAGGGCACAGCCAAACGUCGGCCACGCUCCAACAUGUCUGGCUACUGGAGCUCCGAUGACCUGGACAGUGACAUCAGCAACUACAGAAACCCCAUGGCCAUGAUGACCCUGGGCCGGCAGGGGGCGUCGGGGUUGGAUAGCCAAGCGGCUUCCAAGUACCUGAUGCAUGGCUACAACACCAUCAGUGAGCACACGCUCAAAAUCUCGAAGAGUAACAACGACCUGAAGCACCAGGGGCUCCCUGCGCUACCAGGCCCAGGUGGAGGGGGAGGAGGAGGUGGGAGAACGGCGAUGGUGGAGGGUAAUUUCAGUAAAGGCGGACCCUGGUCCACAUUAACACUGGGGCCCAGCAGACAGAUGUGCCAGAAAGGUUCAGCCACCCUGGACCGCUCCAUGCUCAAGUCCAAGUCGUGCCAUCAGGAGCUGGCCUGUCAUUACCUACAGGUGCGGGGCAGGAUGCCUUCUAUGGGUGAGUGGAGUGGUACUCUAGGCCGGAGUGGUGGUCCCAGUGAGAUCCCUUGUAGGCGGAUGCGCAGCGGCAGCUACGUGAAGGCCAUGGGGGACCUAGAGGACAGCGACGAUUCGGAUGGAAGCCCUAAACCAUCUCCCAAAUCCGCUGCCCGCAGACAGAGCUAUCUACGGGCCACGCAGCAAUCCCUCAGUGACCAGUUCCCUUCCAGAAACCGUCCACUGGACUAUGCGAUGCUACAGGGGGAUCUGGAGGCCCUCUGGUCUCCCCUCCGCAGCAUUGCUACCCUGCAGCAAAUUGGACGCUCCAUAAGUUGUCUUCCAUCUCUGCGUGAGUUCUCGGGUAAUCGUAGUCUGGAUAAUCUGGACUGCAUUGGAUCAGGAAGUUCGCCGUUCCCUCGCUGGGAUGAUGAUGACUUCAGUCAGAGUUGCAGCACGCUCGGACGCAACAGCUGCAUCAGCCAGGUGCGGGACUCAGACAUCAACCAACGCUAUGGAGAUGAGUCCUGUUCGGAGUCUGUGUUUGGAGAUACACACCCGCACUCGCGCUCUCACUCGCGGGUCGAGGAGCCUCCGGAUUUGCCCACACCCACAUGCUUCCGUUCCCGUAGCCAUAGUUACCUCCGUGCCAUUCAGGCAGGCUGUUCCCAAGAUGACGACACAGCAUCGGUGGAUUCAGAUUCACCACCACCCACUGCAACAACCGUCCGCACCUACAGCACCAGCACCGUCUCAACAUGUAUAACCACAUGUAAGAAGGUAGCUCCACCCCCCGUGCCCCCUCGGACCACCUCCAAACCCUUCAUCUCCGUCACAGUGCAGAGCAGCACCGAGUCAGCCCAGGACGGUUACCUGGACAACCACGACCGCAAGAGCGAGGUCAACAGUCAGUCAGGCCACAGCAACUCUUCGGACAGCCUCGACAGCACACGGGCCAACAGCUUGGCCAAAGGUUCGCGGCCGCAGCUGCCUCUCGCCACUUCCCGAGAGCCGCAGAUCCCCGCGGCUGUUGUGGUUUCUCCAGAACCCCCUCGAGAGACCCAUAAUGACCAGGUGAAGGGGGGCGCUCUCACAGCAGACGAGCCCAGAACAGAGCCUGUACCCCGCCGGAAACUCUCCUCCAUCGGAAUACAGGUGGACUGCAUCCAGGAAAUCCAGAACAGAGUGGAGACACCACCACUGGCCAGAUUCCAGUCGAUUGGAGUACAAGUGGAGGACGGCUGGACACUCAGCCGCUCCAGUAGUAUGGCCUCGAAGCAGGAAACUGACUCAGAUACACAAGACCUCUCGCUUACUUCUGUCACCACUGUCACGUCCAACAACACUUCCAGACCCGCCGAGAAGAAAGUCAUGGUCAACAGCUCUAGUCAAUCAGUGGACUUCUCCACACAACUCUCCCUCGACAAUGGUAGCCAUGACGACGAUGUUGUGACAACCAGCGGCCCCUCUCGGCAACUCCUGACCAACCGCUCGACGACGAGGAGUAGUUCUUCCUCUUUCUCUGAGAGUUUAGACCCCGCCCUCGACCCCUCCUCACUACCCCCACCUGACCCCUGGCUUGAGAGUGGGAAUGGGACCGGGAACGGAGGCCCCGCCCAGACGUCUACAGGUGGGAUGUCGGCAUGCAGACGGGAUGGUCACUGGUUCCUGAAGCUCCUGCAAGCGGAGACUGGACGGAUGGAGGGAUGGUGCAAACAGAUGGAGGAGGAGACCAAAGAGCAUCAGCUCUCUGAGGAGGUGUUGGGUAAGGUGCGCAGUGCUGUAGGCAGUGCUCAGCUCCUCAUGUCUCAGAAGUUUCAGCAGUUUAGAGGGUUGUGUGAACAAAACCUGAAUGUGAAUGCUAAUCCCAGGCCCACGGCUCAGGACUUGGCUGGUUUUUGGGAUUUGCUGCAGCUCUCAAUAGAAGACAUCAGCCUCAAGUUUGAUGAGCUCUACCAUCUCAAAGCCAAUGACUGGAAAUUAGAUCGAGAUUCACCCGACAAACAGGAGAACCAGAAGCAGGCUCCUCCUGUGCCGAAGAAGCCUGGGAAGAGUAAGCCAGUGCUGGGACGGGAGAAGAGCGGAGAAGCAGUCGAUAAGCAGAGGCAAGAGGCCCGUAAGAGGCUGAUGGCGGCCAAAAGAGCCCAGUCUGUCAAACAGAAUUCAGCUACAGAGAGUGCAGACAGCAUUGAGAUCUACGUCCCUGAGGCCCAAACACGGCUGUGAGAGAGAAAGAAGGGGUUAAACGACUGGAGCAGGAAGAGAAAAGGGGGAGAGAGAAGACAGAACAGCGUGAGGAGACAGGCAUCGAACAAACCUGCUCCAGCAUAAAAUGCUGCUUUUUUGGUGGCAUUGUAUAAUCAUGAAAGGAGAGACCAGAGAGAGUGGAAAUUAUGGACAAGACACAUGAAGAGCUCUUUUUAGAGACUGCCAAGGAAAACCUCACACAGACUUUAUUGUUAGUACAUCAAUUAUUAUUAUUAUUAUUAUUAUUAUUAUUAUUGAAAAUGUUAUAGAUAAUGAAAUCACCUAAAUUCUAUAUCAGACUGUUUUAAAUGUUCUAAUAUCUUGGAUAAGAGAUCUUCUAAUAUGUGGUGUAAAGUAGCCACACCUUUUUUCUUUUUUUGCCCCCCCCCCCCUCCACCCCCCACUGCUCCCCCUCUCCACCCUCCACCGCCCCAUUCAGUAAAAACAGCCUUCUCUGUAGUUUGCAUAGAACACACACACCUACACACACACACAGGCUCAGAGGAUUCCUCGUUGUGUCUGCCCUCUCUGGAAUAUUUGUCUUCCUGUUAAUUCAUGUGCUUUUUAAAUUUCAGUCCAUCACUGUCUCUAUUAUGAGCUGUAGACAUCUUGAAGUGAUGACAAGAGGAUAAACACAUGCCUUUCAGAAUGAAAAAAGAAGGAACACAAACAAGGAAUCAUACACAGAAUUCCGUAUUGAAAAGGAUUAAAGAUCACUAAUCAGUAGUAUGUGUAGGAUGUCACAUGUUGGGGAGAAAUAGAUGCUUUUUCCAUUUUGGAGAAAUGAUUGCAUGGAGUUUUCUCUCUGCUCCAAUAUCAAGAGAAGUCUGUUACAUGUGAUGGACAAAUAAGUAAAAAAAACAUGUAUUGCUUGUUUAGAUUUUUUGUAUUUUGUCAUAGAGAGUGGGGAAGAAGAGGUCAACUGAACAAGUCUUAAAGGGGAAUCCAGACAAUUUUUCAAAUGUUCAAAUUGUUUUAAAAUAAAAUUCAGUUUUUCA